AUGAGCGACAGGAUCUCCCGUCCCUGGGAAAGGGAUUUGGAAGGAAGGACAUUGAGUUUGACAUCGGAAUGCGAGAAUAGCCAAGAAUUGGCUUCUUUCCUGGAAGCCUGUGCACAGAACACAAGCGUUCGGACGGUCGCCUUUCGGGAAUCCUUCCUUCCUUUGCGUCGAAUCCGACUGCAUUUGACUAGGACCGAAUUCCUCCAAAUGCUUCAGGCGAUUUGUCGACUGAAGUCGUUAGUCCGAAUGGUCAUUCCACCAACCAUGCCAGGAAUGUUAAGAGGAAUCACAGCGUCGUACUUUCUUCCAGACUGGCCAGAUGACGAGGACGAAGAUACCGAUGAAAGCUAUGACGAAAAUAUGUAUUCCUCUAGCCUGCAGGAAUGGAUCGUCAAUGAUGCUGUUACAUUUUGUACCAUCCAUGAUGUCCAUGCGAUUGCGGAUUCCAUCGAGGAAUUGUGUCCCAAACUACAUUGGAUUGAAAUUCAAAACUUUUACUUCAAGCAAUUUCGAACCAGCUCUAGAAAGCAACAGCAACAGCAACCCAACUGCAACAAUGAUCAAAAUGAUGAGCUCGAUAGCGAGGACAACUGCCUAUUGGAUCCUUUGUUUCACUCGUUGGCCACACUGUCACAAUUGACAGGCUUGAAACUCUCAAGUCAUCCUGAUUACACGCCAACGACUGUUGAGCAAGCAUUGGCGGAUGAUAGCUCUUCUUCUCCGUCUUUAGCAAUCGUUACUCCACGAUCCAUUAAGAGUCUGCUAACACGCCAAUGUAACACUUUGCAACAUGUGACGCUGUCCCGCCUUGGAUUAACUGACCACGACUUCCAAGCCAUUGCAGAUAGCCUGCCAAAGUUGCACAUUCUGGAAACACUGAACUUGAAUGAAAACACCCAGACACAUAGGGGGGGCAUGUCCAUUUUGGAACUGUUGCCACAACUUACACUGUCGCAUCAGUUGAUGUCGUUGUCCAUUCGACCAAUUUCACAAAAUGUGGCAUCGAUUGAGGAUGAAAUGAAUUGGGCGUUGGUCUUUCCUCACAACCUAAAUCUACAGUAUCUUGAAACCAGAACGAUAAGGCUGGGUCAUAACAUGACCAGAAGUGAACGUGACAAUGAAAGCGACGUAAGCAGUAACGAAGACCAGAAUCACACCACAUUGAGUGUGUUGGAGUUUUGGUUGCACGCAAAUCGCAUGCAUCGUUCCAUGUGGGGAAAGAUCUCUCCGUCUGAAUCCUCGCUCUGGCCAGUGCUGCUUGAACGGUUGGGGAAAUACUCGGUAUCGGCGCAGUGGCACUGUCUACAAGCUUUUUUGCCACAAAUGCAACACGUUCAGUGA